GCCGUUUUUGGUGGGUCGCGAGCCUUUUUCUAAAAAGAGAGAAAAAUAAAGAUAAUCCAAUUUAGUGGCGAGUCAUUGUAGUUCCCCUCCGCACCCGCAGGGGGUCGUCGUGUCAGCAGCGACCGGUGAGGACACUCGUAUUACUGUAGAAGAAACUGCAUGUUUUCAUAGCAACAGCAGCAUGGCUAAACGCAAGUACGACAGCGAGUACAUUAAAUAUGGAUUUUCCUACAUCGAAGACAAAGCAGUCCAAAAGCACGCAUCUGAAUAAACUUUUCGAGCGGUUUAGCGACUACUUUCCCGAUAAACAACCCGAGGACAACUGGGUGCGCGACCCGUUUGGAAUAAACAUGGAAAGCAUCACGUUGCCUAGCAGCGAUGAAUGUCAGCUGGUGGAGCUAUCAUGUGACCGCACUCUCAGAAAGAAAUUCACAGAGCUUUCACCGAAGUUUCUUCAUACCAACUCAACCAGCCAUACCUGGCCCUUCAGCGCCAUAGCUGAGCUCAUAGACAAUGCCUACGAUCCAGAUGUCAGCGCCAAACAGUUCUGGAUCGAUAAGACUAUGGUCAAAGGGGAAGUCUGCCUCACUUUUAUGGAUAAUGGAAAUGGACUGGACUAUGAAACAAUGCACAAGAUGCUCAGCUUCGGGUACAGUGACAAGAUAGCUGUGAAUGGUCAAGAGCCAAUUGGAAUCUAUGGCAACGGCUUCAAGUCUGGAUCCAUGCGUCUUGGCAAAGAUGCCAUCGUCUUUUCCAAGUCGAAGAGUGCCUCCUGUGUAGGGAUGCUCUCUCAGACCUACCUGGAAGAGAUUGGUGCCCAGCAGAUAAUUGUGCCUAUUGUUUGCUUUGAAGAGAGGGAAAGAAACAAAUUCUCUGUAAGAGAGGAGCACAAAGCCAGUCUGCAAGAUAUUCUCCUGCAUUCCCCUUUCAACUCACAAGACGAACUGCUGGCCGAGAUUAAUAUCAUCGCUUCGGCCUGGUCCAAAGAGAAAACCGGCACACGGAUCAUCAUCUGGAAUCUCCGCAGAACGUCUUCAGGAGCACCAGAGUUUGAUUUUGAGACGGACAAGUACGACAUCCGAAUUCCAUCUGAGGUCUACGAGACAAUGAACGAUCCUUCUCAGCUUCCAGACAGGAUCACAUCAUACAUCCCUGAGACUGUGUACUCACUGCGGGCAUACUGCAGUAUUCUGUACCUGAAGCCCCGGAUGCAGGUCAUGGUCCGCAGUCUAAAGGUGAAAACUCAGCUCAUUGCUAAGAGUCUAGCCUUCAUACGCAAGGACCACUACAAGCCCAACUUUCUGAACAAACGCAUCACUAUAACUUUUGGGUACAACACCAAGAGUAAGGACCAGUAUGGUAUAAUGAUGUAUCACAAGAAUCGACUCAUCAAAGCCUAUGAACGUGUGGGCUGCCAGCUUAAGGCUGACAACAAAGGAGUUGGAGUCAUUGGGGUCAUAGAAUGUAACUUUCUGGAUCCUACCCACAACAAACAGAGCUUUAAUGAAACAGAUAAAUACAGGAAAACUAUAAACAAUUUGGGGAUCAAACUGGAGGAGUACUGGAAAGAAAUGCGCUUCCGCAGGAACAAAGAAAAUCCAAACAACACCAUACCAGUGGAGGAUACCGAGAAGCGACCAGAUCAGAACUGGGUCCAGUGUGAUGAUUGUUUGCUCUGGCGCAAACUCCCUGAUGGGAUUGACUGCAGCAAGCUGCCAGAAAAAUGGUUCUGCCGUAUGAACCCUGAUCCUCAAUUCAGGAGCUGCCUGGUAGCGGAGGAGCCUGAGGACUCUGAUGGUGACCAGCCUUCAUACUGCAAGACUUAUAAACAACAAGAGCGGGAGGACAAAAGGAAACAAGAAAGGAUGAGACAAAAGGCUGAGGAGGAUCGAAGGCGUCAGGAAGAGCAGCGUGCAGCUAACCUCGCCAAGCAGCGACAGAUAGAUCCCAGAACUGUCCAUUCCCCUUCUACUCCCACGACCCCGAGGAGUAGGACGCUUCAAGGAGGCGCUGCAAGGGCUGAAUCCUCCAUGCUGAGCUCCUCCACCAUUUCACAAGCUGCCUGCAGCCCUUCCAGUAGCAGUGGUCUUCCAGUUAUUACUAGUGUGUGUUCACUGUCACUGAGCGUCCUGGGGGGGAAAAGGCCACAAUAUGUUACUCCACAAAGCAUGCCUAAAAGACCGAGAGUAAAUAUCAUCCAUGGGAGCACCUCAGAUACACCCUCAUCAGUAGAGGUGAUCCCCUUGAGUUCCCCCUCUGUGCCUGUUGAUAGUGGUGAUGAGACUGAUGAUGACAUUCUUAUCUUGGAGAAAGGUAGCACCCCAAAACCAACACCGCCUGCUUUGGAUAUUAGUAAAGUGAAGAAAGAGGAAGACGAAAGUAAUGAUGUGAGUUUCAAUGAUGCAGCAAUGGAUAUUACCUCAGAGACAAAUGCUGCAGGAACUGGUCCUGCAGGGUCUGCAGCAGCAGGAACCAGUUCCUCCUCUGUGCCCCCUGCACUAGUGUCAAGUGCUGCCACCCAGACAAAUGUGUCCAGCAUAAAGCAGGAAGUGGAGACCCCAAAUCAGACUAACGGGGAGAAGAGAGCCACACAGAAUAUUCAUAAUGAGAGUGAUAAAGCACACAGUUCCAAUUUGGACGCUUCUGGUGUUGAGCAAAGAGUUUUUAAACAAGAGAGCAGUGAAGACUCUCAAAGUGAGAAUCAGAGACAGCAGAAUGGUGUCACCCACCACCUGCACAGUGAUGAAAAUGCUGGACCUUCCUGUGCCAGUGCCUACGACAAGAGAAGCCUUCCAGUUAACGGACUCAGUGUUACCGAGGUACAGAAGCAACAAGACCUGCUCAUGGAGCUCAUGCAGGAUGCAGCUCAGGAGAGAGACUCUUUGAAAGAGCAGGUCCAGAGACUUACCUCCGAGUUAGAAGCUGUGCAGAGCAGACUGCAGGAGCCGUCCCACAGCAGUAUUAAGAAGGAGUGUUCUCACCAAGCCAGUCAGACAGAAGUAACAGAGGGGGAGAAGGACUACAAAAGUCUGUUUGAGAAAGCCAAACAGAAAGUCAAUGAAUUGAUUAAGGACAAAGAGGCUUUAAUCGCAGCGAUAGAGACACAGCCCAAUCACAGCACUGCCCAAGGUGAAGAAGAUGAGAUUGCACUGCAUGUUGACUCUUUGAUCCGGCAGCUGGAUCAAAGCAACAAGGAGAAUAAUGAUCUGCGCUCACAGCUGGACAGUCUGGAGGAGGAAAAAGCAAACCUGGCGGCCCAAUGUGAAGAGCUCAAGUUGAGUCUGCAGCAGCAGAGGGAAAACGCUCCACCAGCAAGAAGCAGGGAUUCUUCUGAUCAGACACGUCCAGAGGAAGCAGGAGACUUGGCCGACUCUGACACACAUUCAAGCUCGGAUGCAUUCAGAAGUUUGCUUGAGCUUCGGCAGAAUGUCGGCCGUCUUCUCAUCAGUCAUAUGCCUGCGCUGGACCUGGAGCAAGUGAAUUUUAGGUGUAAUGUCAUUGAUGAAAUCCUAGAACAGUUUCUCGCUAGUAUUGAUUCUGUCACAGGUGGGGGGCUGAGUGAUGAUGCAAUAAGUGAGUAAAAAAUAAAUCAUUACACUGGUUUAGGUACAACACUCUACUUGUGAAUAUUAAUGAAGAUUCUAAUGGGGGUAGUAAAUUUAGUUCUAUUUAUUUGAGGAUAUGUUCAUGUUUACAGAAUUUUUAUAUAGCUUCGCAGCAAAAUUUAAAGUUACGAGCUUCCUUGUGCGGUUUCUUUAAAUACAGAAAUAAAAACCCCAUGAGCAAUGUAAUCGCAGCAUGAUUAAUGAAUUGUAUAGGUUGUACAUUUUUCCAAUGAAGUUUAAGUAGAAUCAUGAAAGUAACCCACUUGUUAGCAGUAACAAAACAGCAUCAAUUAUGAUUGUUUCACCUUGACAGCGGUUUGUUUUACUAUCUGUGUCGCAUAUUUUGUACACAUUCUGACAAAUAUAUUUUUAUACUCCCUGUUAAGUAACUGAAGCUGCACAUUGUUCCUGCAAAUUGAUCUUUCUGAAAGAUUUAUGUCUUAACAGCAAGUUAAAGUAUCUGAUCAGUAGCAAAUUUCUGUCUGUGUUUAAAUUGCACUGUUUGAGUUAUGGCCAUGGGAUUGUUUUUGGAAGCAUAUAUUAUGUUAAGCUUUAUUAACAUCUCUUUUUCCAUUUUAGCAACAGCAAACAAUCACCACAUAUGUAGACACAUUAUUUAAAAAUUAGGGCUUCUAAGGUUGAGGCAUCUGAAGUUAAAUUCUUCUCAGGUCAUGACAGUUUAUUUCAGAUUUAAUGUGUCUUUCAACAGUGGCAGUAGCACAAACACAUCUCAGUAUGUCACUCAAUCAAACAUCUUUGUUGUAUUUUUCUUUAAAAUAACUACUUUCUUCUCCAGAUACUUUCUAAACAGAUUUUCUUUUACUUUCAAACACAAUUCCUGUAACCUCGGAAGGUUCAGGUUAUUUAUUAAUACACUUUUUUGCAUUUUUCAGUUUUACAUAACGUGCUUUACAUGUCACAGGCUGAUAUACAUGUUAUAUUAGUAGAAUUGUUAUUUUACAUUGGAAAUAUAUGAAUAGAAUAUUUUCCUUGAUGAAAAGUAAGUGGUUUUCUACAGUACAAGCAUUACUUGCUGCAAAUAAAAUGUGUCGUAAGAUACAUUUCUCAGCUUGA